AAGUAUCGUCUUUAUCGACCAAUAGUUCCGAGACGUGAUGUGGCUGGUGUGUCGAUCAUUAAACCGUUGGUAGGGACUGAUGAGAACUUGUUCUUCAACCUCGAGAGUUUCUUCCGAAUGAAAUAUCCUACGUAUGAGCUGUUAUUCUGCGUUCAUGACUCGAGUGAUCCGGCGCAGAAAGUUGUCGAAGUGCUCAUGAGUAAGUACCCGCAGAUUGAUGCACGGAUAUUUUGUGGUUGA